AUGUCUCGUGGUGUAACAUUUGCGCAUUCGACCACUUCGGCGGCCCGGGACGCCGCCAAUGCAGAUUUGAAUGGAACUGGAAGUAUCCACAUGACACAGCAGCAGCUGGACGAACUGGCCCAAGCUUUGCAAUUCAGCGUGGGCCUUUCCGAUCGCAAAUGCAAAAGGACCCGCAAGAAGUACCGCAAUGUGUUUUGUGGCGACGAAGCCGUGGAGAUUCUCCAGCAAUUGGGUCGCUUCCAGAGUCGCGACGAAGCCUUGCAAGCUGGCAGACUCCUGCAAACCAACAUGAACUUGUUCGAAUGUGUCAAUACCAAACAUCAUGAUCCUGCUCACCAUGAACUCCAAGACGACAAACGCUUCUUUUAUCAAUUCGUCACCAACGCCACGGCCGGAACACGCGGCAAGACGGACGAAUUGCUCAAACAAAAUUUGGAUGACAAAAUGCGCGUCUUUCAACGCGGUGUUCGGGUCAAGGAUCGGUCGUACCGAUUGACAACCUACAAACAAUGCUUUAUUGGAAAGGAAGCCGUCGAUCUCAUGAUGAAACACAAAAUGGCACACACGAGAGCGGAAUGCGUCGAAAUUGGACGACUACUCCAACAAAAGUACAAUCUGUUUGUUCCCGUGACUGGCGUACACGAAUUUGAAGACGAUGCCUACAAAUUCUAUCGAUUACUGCUCCCACAAAAGGAUAAAGUCAAGACACCCUCCUUUCUCGAUGAAAUCAAACCCGCCAUUCCACUGAUUCUGCUCAGUCUUGUUCCGGCCAUUGUCGUCUACUACGUUUUUUAUUGA